AUGAUGUUCAAUGGAUUGCUCACGUACAGUGAUUCGGAGUGCGGUGAUCAUUUCAAAGUGGGGGAAUGGGAAGACGGUGACGUGCGUGCGGAAAAAAGCGGCCCUCCAAGCGUAGCGGACAGCGGAGCCGAAGCGGAGCGGGCGCGUUGUUUGCAGGACAAAUUGCUCGCUACUUUGCAAAUUUUAAAGAACAAAGAAGAGACGGUGCGAGUGCAAGCGGAGAGCCUGGCUUUAGCGGAGGAGAGAAUAACCGCGCUCGUUGCCAAAGCGACCCCACCUGCGACGCUUACGAGAACUCACCGCGGUCUGCAGGCGAGCCCCAAUCUCAAAAACUCGGCAAAUGGAAGCAACGUGGAGACGACUGACGUGUCCAUCGCGGCUCAAACUCAGGAAGUGGAUAGGAGAACAGUGAAAUCGCUGAAAGACCGUCUGUCGGUUGUGGAAGAUCUCUACAGAGAUUGCUUUUAUGAGUCAGCGAAACAAGACUCAUUGUUGGACUGCCUGAGACGUUCACAUUUAGAUCUCUGCUCGAAAGAACGUGAACGCACUUUGGACACCAAAAAGUCCUUAUACUCGUACCAGAACUUCGCUUCGGAGGUGGAAAGUUUUAAGACGGAGAUAUCCAACUACUUGAACGGUUCCAACAAUGAUUCGGGUAUGUGGGAGAGGAGUGAAGAGUGUGACAUUUCGGAGGAACUUCAGCAGAUCGCAUCACAGUUGCAUCAUCUGAGAGAACUGCUCAUUGAGGAGUGCACUUGCGGCUUGGACGAAGAUCAUAAGCGGUUGAAGCGCGCUAAUGAAGCUAACGAGAUGCUGAUCGGUGAGCUUCGCCAUAGAAUUGGUGAGUUGGAAGAAGCCCUAGGGGCAAAGGAGAUAGCUGAACGGGGGUAUCAAAAUAAUAUCGCUGAUAAAGAUGAGGAGUCAAAUCAAAUGACGCAGCUGCUGAACGAGUCGCCAUCAUCAAGUCGGAAAUGCUGCUGCGAUGAAUUAUCUCUGGAACUUAAGCAGGUUCAAGGAUUAUUGCAAGAGAAAACAUUAGAGCUUACACAGCUUCACCAAAAAUGCCACCAGCAGGACCAGAGCAUACGAGAACUAAAGAGAAACCUGCACAGAGCUGAUACAAUUGUCAAAGAAAACCGCGCCAUCAGAGACGAGGUGAAACAGUUGAGGGCCGAAGUAUCUUCGUGGCGCGAACAACUGGAAGACAGUCGACGGUACCUGCGAGAGCUGGAACACGAGUUGCAUCGGUCGAGGCAGCGGUAUCGCCAUCUAGAGGAGCACUACAGAGAGAGGACAAGCUUUGCGGACGAAUUACACGACCAAUUGGAAGAAGCGCAAUCCCAAAGCGCGACCCUGUGUCAGGAAAUGCGGAAUGCCGUGACCGCGCUGAGACGGUGCCACCGCAAGCACAGGGAUACGAGGAGGCAGCAGCAAGAACAGCUCCAACAGCAGGAGACCUUAAUCCGCGCCUUGCAAAACUCCCACACAGAAAGCGAGCGCCUGACCGAACCGUGCUGCUCCAAGCGGUUGACCAGCUCGAGUGAGCCUACGCCUCCUACGCCACCUCGCAGACUGUUGAGGAAAAAGCCUUCCACGCAUCCGACGCGCAGCGAAUGCGGCACGAGCACCUCGCAGCAACACUUACAUGUGUGUAGUUUGCUCGCUUCACGCGCGAUAUCCCCAACGGACGAACUGUUGGAGCGGGUGGAGCGGGCCCACGACGCCCUAGCAGAUGCUCAAAGGAGAUGGUGUCAGCACGGGCACAGUGGGCAUAGGGACUGA